GAUAGAUAGAUAGAUAGAUAGAUAGAUAGAUAGAUAGAUAGAUAGAUAGAUAGAUAGAUAGAUAGACGUUAAUCGUGAAAAAUGAAACAAUUCCGGUCGGGUAAGGAAGCAGGAAGAAUCAGAAACGCGUCACAGCCAGGAAAAAUUCCCCAGUUUCCACAUCUCCACACCUCCCUACGAUAUCAUCUCCAUCCAGUCGCCUAUUUAAACGCAGAUUCCAGCGGAAUCAGCUAUAACACAAGCUCUUCCUACUGUAACUGCAAUAUCACAGGGUGCUAUUUAGCUUUCGACAAUAUGACUAUUACAACCGGAUCUCACCCUAAUACACCAGUGAAAACUCGUGGGACAUUUAGAAUAAAUUGGAUGCCUCGUUUCUUAAAAAAGCACAGAAGGUCUGCUACAUCUUCGAAACCUCCAGUCAUCUCCGAUCCUUCUAUCACACUGGAAGAACUAGAGGUCUUGAAUUUCCAGGAGUGUCUGAAUCAGAAGCAUUUCUCCAAAGCCGCCCAAACGCUGAUUAUCCAAGAAAACAGUCUGUUUGCACAGGGUGCAAACUCCACGCAAAAAGACAGGAACAACCUGGAGAGCGAUUAUAAUACGCUCCUCAACCAAAUAUGGCUGGCGAUCAGGGCAACUUUCGAGCCAAGCACAGGGCCAACAGAGAUUCUGAAGGAGGCAGCGAAAGCCAUCCAGCUGGAGGAGGAACAGGACAGGAAAUGGAAGGAUGCAGGGCUGUCUGAGGAAGGGGACAUUCCAGUCUGGAGACCGCGGGGGUGCAGGACCACGCACGACAGCCUGCUCCAGCAGCUGGUGACGACGCGACUGGAAGACGCCGAGGAUGUGAGCGGUGCUGAAAACCUCUCCUCGUCCCUGAAAAAGGAAAUCUGCAGGAAGGGCAAACGCCUGAAGGACGAUCUCCUCCAGGUCGUGCAGAAAGUGAAGCUCUGCUACCCAGAGGAAUUCGACAUAUGCAACCUGUAUGCCAAGCUGUACCAUGACGCAUUCGCAAAACAACUAAAAUCCAUCGCAGAGUUCGGGCUGGAUACAGACGACUCAGUUUAUCUCCUGAACUGGGUGAAUGAUUAUUAUCCUAGGGAUGUACUGAAACACAACGAGCUGGAGUUGGACAUUAACACUGAAGCACUUGGACCUCUGCUGCCUGAAGAGAUGAUCAACCCCCUGAAAGACCUGUAUCUCACAAACAAAGAGAGUACGAUGCAGUCCUGGGGCCAUAAUGUCCUUGAGAAAGAGAUGACAAACCCCCCCAAUAAAAUCGACGGCUACUACUCCACAGACAUGGCCAUCGAUUACUUACAGCUUUUUGACUCAGCAGUGAAGGAUGCAACAAUUAUACUGGAAGACCCAGACAAAGUGAAGAAGAUCGCGGCUCAGCUGAGGCCCUUUCUGACCAGCUACAAGAGGUUUCUGCAAGAAAUGUUAAGAGAGAAACAGGGACAGGCUGCACCUAAAGUGAAGGCACACUUAGCCAGUCUGAUCGAAUUCAAGCAGUACAUCGAGAACAACGGCAACCUUUUCACGACGGCCGUGAAGGACAGCUCCCUGUCCGUAGUGGCAGAGUUAAUCGACGCAAGCAGCACAUACCUCACCAGCAUCGCACACAAAGCUCUCAAGCCGAAGUACAGCAAACUGGGGACUGAAGACUGGUUUUCUGGGAAAUACAUAGAAGUGCUGGAUGAGAUUGAGAAGCAAAUUAAAAACUUAAAGAAGAACCUGCGUAUGGAAUGCUACGAGGUGCUGUUUGGCCAUAUGCACAGACAGGUGCUGGUAGAGUACGUCAGGAGGUUGUUCAAGAAGAAGGUGAAGCUAUCAGACAGGGUCCAGCAGGAGUCGGCGGCGGCCUUGGUGUGCGCAGACAGCAGCAGGCUGGCGGAGCUGUUCACUGAGGCGGGCUCAAGGGAGGACUGGCUGCAAAACCUCCUUCCGAAAAUUGCAGACGUGCUUCGAACACAGGACCUGCCUUUCAUCCAGCUGGAGGUGGCCGUCUUAGCCCGGGACUACCCUGACCUCAGUUCGCGCCACAUUGGAGCCCUGCUGAACCUUAAACACAACCUCUCCAGUGAAGACAUCUCCAAGAUCAAGCAGAGUGUGAAGCAAACGAAGCUGUGUGUCACACGCAGUGAAAAUUGCCAGCCUUUCUUCUCCAUGGUGGUAAAGUGGCAACGCUUGGCCUUGAUUUAACCUCCAGAUAUUUUACUUGUCUGGUGAUCAGCGUGUAACGUAAAGUGUCUCAUUGCUGUAUUGAAAGUUGGAUCUGUGAUUCAUUGUUACACAUUUCAUAGCUUUUUGUGGAACGAAGUGUAACAGUAUAUAAAUGUAAAAAGCCAAGCUUUUUCAGUUCUUGAUGUAUUGUCAUCAUCACUAGGGAACGUGUAAUGUAAACACAGGGUGUUAUAAGAGUUUCUGUUUUCCAUAAACUUGACAUAUUACUCAACAGUGCUAAACAAACAUCCCAUGCUAUGUCAAAGAAUUCUGUGUCUUCAGAAUUUUUUUUGUUUCUUUUGUGUAGUAUUUUAAGCUUUAGUCUUUUUUUCGCUUUUUUAACUGAAUGUUUGUAUUGGAAUACUUCAAUAAAAAGGUGUAUUUGUGA